AUGAACUAUGUUAUGUUGACUUAUGUAAUUAUUAAUGGAAUUUGUGGUCGAAAUCAUCGAAUUGUUGUUUUGCAUAGCAAUACAUGUUCACAAUUUGAAAGUGCCUUAUUUAAUGCUUUACUAAAUACUGUCAGUGCAGAAAGAAUUAGUACAACACCUUAUCAUUCAGCUUCUAACGGUUUAGUUGAAAGGUGGCAUCCUUUACCAGCCGAGUUGCUGUUUGGUACUACAUUAAGAAUUCCUGGAGAAUUUUUCGUCCAUGAAAACCUGCCGGGAAAUCCUGAAAAACUUAUCGAAAAACAUUGUGAACUGAUGAGAACAAUUCGUCCAACUCCUACUGCACACCAUAUCAAAAGCAGAAUAUUUAUUUUGAAGGACCUCUACGAGUGUUCACAUGUCUUUUUACGUGUAUGUGACGUGAAACCACCUUUUUUACCUCCAUAUGCGGGACCAUAUCUAGUUAAAAAAAGAAUAGAUAGAAAAUUUGUCAUAGUGACAGAUGGACAAAAGAAGACGAUUUAUGUAGAUAGGUUAAAGCCAGCCUUCAUAGCAAAAACAGAUAAUCAAGAUGAUCAACAAUUACAACCAGAGGAUAUCAUACGACCACACCGACAAGGAGAUAUGGAAAAACCUGUAGAAACAUAUGAAAGAAGGAAGAAAAACGUUACUUUCUAA